AUGAUAUGUCCCAAACAACAUGUUCUUCUUAAACUCUUCAACAAUGUCUCAACCUCUUUCCAACUUCUCUUCUUGCUACUCUUUUCGAUUUCUAUUUUUCUUCUCACAUUUUUAACCUUCACCGGUCGAUUUCCUUUAAUCCAAAGGGAUCAACAAUAUGAAUAUGUGUUUUCGGACGAUGAUGAUGAAGAAGAGGAAGAAGAAGAAGAAGAUGAAGAAACUCGAGAAAAUUAUUCUUGUGUUGCUUCGUGUGACAAGGUAGAGCGUCGAAUGACUCAUUCUAGUUAUUCCGAAGAGUUCAUUACUCCGCGAGAGAGUUUCGUUGAAGACUUAGAAGAAAAUAUUUGUUAUGAAACAUUGUCUAUUCAUAACUCACCACAAGUUUCUGACUUCGAAAACGAAAAGACUAAAGCGUUUCGAGAAGAAUUUCAAUCAAGAAAUGUUGUUGAUUCUGUUCCAAGUUAUGUUCAAUUUGAAAGUAGUCCAACCUCUUCCAUGAUCAACUUGAACCUAUAUAAAAGUAACAAAAACUAUAAAGAUGAUCAAGUUGGUGUUGGAAUAAUCAAGAAUAAAAAGGUGCAAGAAACAAGCCAUACAAGGGAUGAGAGAUUCUUUGUUUUUGCUUCAAAACAAUUGAAUAGUAAGAAGAUGAUUGUUGGUGAAGAAAAAGAUAAUGAUGAUGAUGAUGAUGAUGAUUCUACUUGCUCCUCUUAUGAAUGCAGAAGCUCCAUUCAUGACAGGGAUUCAGGAACAGAUGAUGAAUUUUCUACUUCAUCUAGAAGAAGUUGUCCUAAGUGGGAAUCAUACACUUUGUUUGAAAAAUAUGAUGAAGAAAAUGCAUUCUUAGAUAGAAUUAGUGCACAGAAUAAACUUCACGAAAUCGUAAUUCCAUUUUCAGAGUCUUUAAGAUCAAUCCAAAUGUCACCAAGGUCGAUAUCCGAGCGAAUUGCGAACAAGUUUUCGAGUAUAAACAAAAAGCCAAGUGAUGUAGGUCACAAUCCAUAUCAUGAACUAGAGGCUGCAUAUGUUUCACAAAUUUGCUUAACAUGGGAAGCUCUUAGUUGGAACUACAUAAAUUUUCGUUCCAAACACUCGUCACAAUCGCGCCAUGAUCUUGAUCUCGACUGUUCUGCAUCCGUUGCACAACAAUUUCAGCAGUUUCAGGUUUUGUUGCAGAGAUACGUAGAGAAUGAGCCUUAUGAGCAUGGAAGAAGACCUGAAAUCUAUGCUAGAAUGAGACUUCUAGCACCAAAGUUGCUACUAGUGCCAGAAUAUCACAAUUCGGAGGAAAAUCAGAUGGAAAGUGAUUUGAUAUCUUCAGCUUCAUUUCUUAAGAUAAUGGAAGGUGGAAUCAACACAUUCAUGAAUUUUCUGAAGGCUGAUAAAGAAAAAUCAUGUGAGAUCCUAACACAUUACUUUAGGAGAAAUAAAAGAAGCAUGGUUGAUCCAACACUACUCAAGCUAAUGAAGAAAGUUAAUCAAAAGAAGAGGGUGAAGGUUAAGGAUAUAAGCCAUUCAGGAAAAGGAUUGAAAAAGAGAAAGUUAAAGGUGGAAGAAGAGAUUGAAAUGUUAAUGGCACUAAUAGACUUAAAAGUGGUGUCAAGGGUUUUGAGAAUGGAAGAAUUAAGUGAAGAAAAAUUGCAUUGGUGUGAAAAAAAGAUGAGUAAAGUGAGAGUUGUGGAAGGGAAACUUUGUAGAGAUUAUUCAACUCCACUUUUCUUUCCUUCAAAUUGA